ACGCCCAGAGUGACUUGUAUCUCAUCCGUCAUGAAGGUGUUGGCUUCUCUUCUGGCUGUGUGCGUGCUGGCAGCCGUGGUGUCGGCGGCCCCCAACUGCCCGCAGUACGACGGCUCCACGCCCGUCUUCUUCCCUGACGAGAACGACAGCAGCAGCUUCUACGAGUGCAGCAACGGCAGGUCCGUCCACAUGGUCUGCCCCACUGGCACCGUCUGGAACUCCAACAUCAACACCUGCGACUGGCCACAGACCAGGAAGUAGAAGGCGCCGGAUGAUUAGAUCUCUGACAUUUGACAUAAUAUGGAA